CCAAAAUUCAACCAUUACAAUUAUAUGUAAUAUAUAUACACAAACAAAAAGUGAGUCACUCAUGAUUCCAUGUAUGGCUAACACUCCAAAGAAAUCCACCAAAACAAUCUCCUCCUCCUCCUCCUCCCCGACCUCGGGAAAACACCCAACAUACCGCGGAAUAAGGUGCCGCAGCGGGAAAUGGGUGUCAGAGAUUCGCCAGCCAAGAAAAACCACGCGCAUAUGGCUCGGCACCUAUCCCUCGCCGGAGAUGGCCGCGGCCGCCUACGACGUCGCCACCCUCGCCCUCAAAGGCGGCCAAGUCGCAUUGAACUUGCCCGAUCACGCCGCCUCAUUUCCCAUCCCGGCCUCCUCUUCGCCGCACGACAUCCGCCGGGCUGCCGCCGGCGCGGCCGAGCUCAUGCGUCCCAAAGCGGCCGCCGGCUGUGAGGAGACGGCGGCGGCGGAGGAUGCGAAAAUGGUGAGCGAAAUGCAUGCGUAUGUUGAUGAGGAGGAGUUGUUUUACAUGCCUAAUUUGCUCGUGGAUAUGGCGGAGGGGAUGCUCGUUAGCCCGCCUCGGUUGGAGACUUCGCCGUCGCCGGAUGAAUGGCCAGAGAUUUUCGGCAGUGAUCGCUUGUGGAGCUACUUUUAGUAGUGUUACUUGAAAAACACAGAUUUUGCAUGUUUUUAAUACCUGGAUUUGGUUCGUUUUAAUUGUCAAUCAUGAAAAUCAUAGGGUAAAAAUGAAAUUAAAAAGAAGAAAAUUUUGCAUAUAAUAACUUGAUUGUGGAGGAUACGUUGAAUAGUGCAUGAUUAGAGAUUUUAUUUUAUUGAAAUUGAUAGGGUAUUAUAUUUAGGGUUGCAUAUCAACAAUGGAUUACAAGUAGAGUGAUACGAUGAUGAUAAUGAUUAUUAUUAUUAUUAUUAUUAUUAUUAUUAUUAUUAUUAUUUAGUUAGUUAA